AUGGCGGAAUCAUCUGCAGUAAAAAUUCCCAUCUUCAACAUCUCUGAUCCACACCUGUGGUUCCACAUGGUCGAAGCAACUUUCCAGUUUGCGACACCGAAACCGAUUACAGAGAGCAAAACCAAGUUUAACUACUGCCUCGCCCAUCUUCCUCCUGCAGUAGCCGCAGUUGUAAGGGACGUCAUUAUAACUCCUGACGCAGAAGAUCCUUUCAAAAAGCUGAAAGAAGAAAUUAUUCCACGCUGCGGGGAAACAAAGUCCCAGGAAAUUCGACGUUUACUCUCCGGAGAGCAACUAGAAGAUAGAAAGCCUAGUGAACUCUUGCGCACUAUGCAGAGAAGAGCUGAAUCCCACGAAAUCUCAGAUUCUCUACUUUUGGAACUAUUUCUAAAUCAGCUACCGCAGCAUGUUCAGUCGAUAUUGGCGGCAAUCCCUUCACUAAAUUCAACUAGAGCAGCAGAAAUUGCUGAUAAAGUAAUGGAAGUGUCAACUUCAAGUGAAGUUAGCGUAGUUUCUUCAAACCAACAAUGCACUUUUGAGCUUUUAGAAGAAGUACGAGCACUACGAAAAGAAGUAGCUGCAUUGCGGACCCGCAGUAGGUCUCGCAACCGGAACUAUGCACAGUUUCGUAAUCGUCAAAGCCAAUCCUCAUCUCCACAUCGAAACUCCAAAAUGUGCUUCUAUCAUCGGAAAUUUAAAUCUGAUGCUAGAAAGUGUGUCAAACCCUGCAUCUACCAGAAAAACCAAGAAAUGCAAGAGUGAAUGCGACUAACAUCUUGCCUCCAACAAAUUGUCGCCUUUUUGUUAGAGAUAGACAAUCCAACAAGCAAUUUCUAGUGGAUACCGGAAGUGACUGCUCAAUUAUUCCAACAAAUAAAAAAGAAAAAACUCUUUCUCCGAUUCAGACUUUUAAA